AUGGGACAAAAAACGAGUAAACAGAAAAAAGACUUAACUCAUUUGUCAGAUGAAGAAAUUGAACGAUUAACAAAGAAUACAACAUAUACAAAACAACAAAUUCAAGAUUGGCAUCAAGGAUUUAUUCGUGAUUGUCCUAAUGGCAAACUUGAUAAAAAGAAAUUCUUAGAAGUGUAUAAGAAAUUUUAUCCUGAAGGUAAAGCUGAAAAAUUUUGUUCACAAGUUUUUAAAGCAUUUGAUUCGGAUGAUAAUGGUUAUAUUGAUUUUGUUGAAUUUCUUAUUGCUGUGAAUAUAACAUCUCAUGGUGAUGUUAGAGAAAAACUUCGAUUAGCUUUUGAUAUGUAUGAUAUAAAUAAAAAUGGAAAGACUAUAACAUUACAAGCAUAUAAUGAAAAGGACACUCAUAGUAUCGCAUCACCGCACACUCUUGUUACAUUGUGUCGUUAA